AUGAAUAGGUGUAACCUGCUAUGUGCCAAAAUUGUUGGAUGGAUAACUAACUUCACCACCCAGUUCAAUCCUGCCGACCUUGGUUGCCUGGUGACGUUGCUUGAUAACCACAACGAGGACGCAGACGUGGUCACCGACAUUUGCAGCAUUAUGUAUGGCAUUGUCACGUGUGGGAAUAUAGAGGCUGUGAUUGCGGCUGGAUUUAUGAAAAAAAUGAUCAAUUUGAUUCAAACUCUGAAGGUUGGUAAGUCAGACCCUGAUCGAGUAGAAGAAAUCACUGAUGCUGCUGUCGCAACAAUUAAUAUUGCUAUUGCCAGUGGGAAUGAUGCUCAUAUCAAGUGCUUGGUGGAUAUCUCCUGCAUAGAGGUUCUGUGUGAUUUUAUUGCUUCAUGCCAUAGUGAAACAUUUAUGAGGGACAGUCUUGAAACAUUAGAGAAAAUCUUGGAGUUUGGGGCUCCGUGUAUUGACUAUGCUCGCCGGAUUGAAAAGAAGAUUAAAAGCAUUCACUCUAGCAGUUGGCCUAGGCAAGUACCGUUCUAUUUUGAUGAGUUUUUGCGGAAAUUGGACAUGUAUCUGGGAAGGAGUAAGCGGAUAGAUCUCAAGGACUUGUUUUGAGUCUUAUUUACAUUCUGUUAUCCAAGUAAAUUUAAGUACCCUGUAGAAUUAUAGAUUUAAAGUACCUCAAGUAAAUUUAAGUACCCUGUAGAAUUAUUGAUUUAAAGUACACUAAUAUUCUACGCACAAUUCAGUGUGUAAU